UUUUCGUUUCAUAGCAAUGACCCAUCUUUUACAGAGGUCCUUAUUUUCAAUUGGAAAUUUGUGAAAAGCUAUGUUACUCUCUUUCAAAAAGCGAUUUGUACAUCCAUACGCGGCGCACGAUUUGACCAUGAAAAAUCGAAAAUUACGCGCUUUGCAGCUAAAAUGUGCUUCUUGAACAUUGUUUUAGAGUUGAGGAUGUUAUACCUGUGUUUGUUUUUAAGAUUGAUUGCUUUCAACGUUUUUCAACCAUAUAUUUGAGUCAGUUUGACAUGUAAACUAUACUACCGUAUAUUGCGUGUUAUGUUUUUUGCCACCUUUCAAGAUGGCGCCCGCGAAUAAAAUUUGCCUCACCGUGACAACGGCAGUUAGAUAUCUAGAGGAUUGGGUAUAAGUCAUUGCUUCAAACAAGUCUAGGCCAUGUCAUCUCGACGUACGGACCGACGCAAAAAGCGUCGAAGUCGUUCAAGAUCACCAAUUUCUGAUCAAAAAGACAGGGCAAAAAGAUAUCUUGAACGUGAUGGUGGUGAAGACAGAAGGCCUGGGUCUAGGAGAGAGGAUGAUAGACGAAAGGAGACAAGAAGAAAUACCAAAAGUCAUGAGAGGAAUAGACAGGAGUAUGAAAAGCAACGUGAAACGAAACAUCGAAAUCACAAUUUGAAUUUAAAUGACAGUGAAGAACAAGCUGGUACCAAUAAAGAACAGCCCAAUUUCAAGCUUUCAGGAAAGCUUACCGAAUAUACAAACACUUAUAAGGGUGUUGUGAUCAAAUACAAUGAACCGCCUGAAGCCUUAAAACCAAAGACAAGAUGGCGGCUCUAUCCAUUCAAAGGAGACCAGUCAAUGCCUGUCAUGUAUAUUCAUCGCCAAAGUGCCUAUCUUAUUGGAAGAGAAAGACAUAUAGUUGACAUGGCAGUUGACCAUCCAUCUUGCUCUAAACAACAUGCAGUGUUGCAGUAUCGAUUGGUAAAUUAUGAAAGAGAGGAUGGCACGGCAGGAAGGAGAUGCAAGCCAUACAUCAUUGAUCUUGAGUCUGCAAACGGUACAUUUCUUAACAAUCAAAAAAUUGAAGCAAGAAGAUACUAUGAACUGAAGGAGAAAGAUGUUUUAAAGUUCGGUUAUAGUACCAGGGAAUAUGUUCUGUUGAAUGAUAAAAGCAAGGUGUCCCAAUCGGAUGAUGAUGUUGAAUCAGAUAAAGAAGAAACAUAGACGACAUUAUCCAAUAAGGUGAUUGUACAACAUGUGAUAGAUAGAUUACAUUGAUAUUCCAUAAUGCAUCAUUUUACUGAUUUGCUCGGGAUGUCAACAUUUGCCAAGUCAUUGUGUAUAAAAUUUUACCAAAAUGUUGAUAAGAACUUCAGUCUUUUACUAACAAAAAACACUAACAAAUAAAACAAGGGGAAUGAUACAAAGUGUAGCCUAAUUUUACUGACUAACAAAUUUACUAAAUUUGAUUUUUUGAAGCAAGCUAUCCAACAUGCUCUUUUUAACCAUUAGAUUUUCUUGUUGUUGAAUGGUAAGGCCUCGGAUAUUUCCCACAAUUAAAAUAUAUUAGCUGUACACUGUUUCAAAGAUAACACCAUUUUUUGUAACAAAAUGCUUUUUAAAUAACAAUUUCCACCAUAUAUCAAAUGUAUAUAUAAUACUACCAUUCACAAUUAAUUACAUUCAUAAUUCAAUGUG